AAAAUUUUGUUUACGAGGUAUAUCUUUUGUUUCUUACUUAGAAAUAUUAAUUACCCUAAUUUUCAAUUUUAUCAUUCUACAAUUGUAUAUAUAAAAAAUUGGAAAAACGUACGUGAUUUGAUCGAAACCAAAAAACAAAGAAAAAAGGAUGUCGCAAAGAUUCAAUGGUUCCCGCCGAAAUAGCUCUCAUUCUCCGUCCCCUCCCCCACCCUUGCUCGGGGCACCCCAAAAGUUUCCCCUGUUCGAUAAGAAUAUGAUCAAUAGCUAUAAACUGGACGUCAAAUCGCAUUCUAAGGAGUCGCUAGAAAUUGACGACUCGAAACCCAUAUCCGGUUUAAAUCUUUCUCUUUUGAAACCCGAAAUACGGGCUUCCUUCGAUCUCCCCAGAUAUCCGAUCGAGGAAGUGGAACAAGAAACCAGAGCGGCGAAAAGCAUGAUAAAAGAUCAGAUGAGUUUCAAGCGAAAGUCUCACCACGUCCCCCAUUCGGUACACCUCACUCAAACCUUCCCACUGAUAAACGGGGCGGAUAGGUUAGCGAUAAACGAUCUUAAGAUCGAUGGCGAUAUUACAGACUCGAGUGAGGCCAAACGGACCCCGGGGCUAAAUGACCUUUCAACGUUACCCGGAGAUAGUGCUUUCCUGCACGACUGCGAGUCUAUCCAGUAUCAAAGAGUAUCCGUGAGCGGGGAUGAGAUCGGGGUGCCGAUCUACGACUACAUACACUCGUCCAAGGCUAUUUUCGAGAGUCUGAGACUGAGAGAGAAAUACGCGUACCUCUCCUUUCAAUCCUUCCCAACUUUCAGUUCCAGGUACCUGAAAUCGCUUUACAAAUUCUCCCAUUUUCAAUCGGACAUCGUCAAACAAGAGAAUAAGAUGAGUCUAGAAGAUCACCCUAUAAAUCCUCCAACCAUGACCAAGAAGGGAAACCCUUACGAAUGCUCUCUCCUACCGGAUCUACAUCUCAAGGUUAUCUCGAAGGACGGGAUUUUUAACAUCCUACGUCAUUCCACGGGGAAUCACGGGAAACAAAAUGGUAUCCCGAAUUUUGAUUCCGCGAAAAACGGAAAUUGCACCAAGGAGGACCAAGGUGAAAAUGGUUUAAAAUGCUUCGAAAACGAGGAAUUCAUGUUUCCCCGUUUAGGAAAGGACGAAUAUUUAAAGGAUUCCCUCAUUUUGCAAGAUAUUCUGACGGACGUUACCAUAAAAUCUUUCACUUACCGACGCCUUUGUUACUUAUCGUGCCGUUUUCAGCUUCACCUGUACCUGAACGAGUUGAGGGAGACGAGCGGACAAAAGUGCAUAAAGCACAGGGACUUUUACAACAUUCGCAAGGUGGACACCCAUAUACACGCCGCCUCUUGCAUGAACCAGAAGCAUUUGCUCAGGUUUAUCAAAAAGACUCUCAAACGAAGCGCCUGCGAACGUAAAGUGGAAAUCGUUACGAAAGACGGCAAGACCUUGAGCCAAGUUUUCGACGAAAUGAAAAUUUCCCCUCAAGACCUCAGCGUCGAUAUGCUAGACGUCCACGCGGAUAGGGACACCUUUCACAGGUUCGACAAAUUCAACGCUAAAUACAACCCGAUCGGGGAGAGCAAGAUUAGGGAAAUCUUUAUCAAAACCAACAACUUCGUUGGCGGAAAAUAUUUUGCCAAAAUUAUGAAAGAAGUCAUGUCCGACCUGGAGGAAAGUAAGUACACAAACUCGGAACCCAGAUUAUCUAUAUAUGGCUCCGACAUGAACGAAUGGGAUAAAUUGGCUCAUUGGGCCGUUAAUUUCGCCGUUUAUUCCGAAAACGUCAGAUUCCUGAUUCAAGUGCCCAGACUUUACGACAUAUAUAGAACCAAAAAUCUUGUUUCGAAUUUUGAGCAAAUUUUGAAUAACAUUUUUCUUCCGCUCUUUGAGGCGACUAACGAUCCCAGCUCUCAUCCGGAAUUGUACAUGUUCCUUAACCAGAUCGUAGGGUUCGAUUCGGUUGACGACGAAAGUAAAACGGAAAACGAAUAUUUCAAUUCUUUAUCCCCUCUUCCGGUCGAUUGGAAUACCCCCGAAAAUCCGCCAUAUUCUUAUUACCUUUAUUACAUGUGGGCUAACAUGAUGACCCUCAACCAUUUUAGAAAGAGUCGGGGCUUGAACACGUUCGUGCUGCGACCUCAUUGCGGGGAGGCCGGGCCUGCCCAACAUCUUAUAACCAGUUUCAUGCUCGCGGAAAAUAUAUCUCACGGACUGUUGUUGAGGAAGGCACCAGUGCUUCAGUAUCUUUACUACCUGGCCCAAAUAGGGAUAGCCAUGUCACCCCUUAGCAAUAAUUCCCUAUUCUUGAAUUACCACAAGAAUCCUUUGCCGGAUUACCUAUCGAGAGGUCUGCUCGUUUCCUUAUCGACGGAUGACCCUCUACAAUUUCAUUUCACUAAAGAACCUUUAAUGGAAGAAUACAGCAUAGCAGCCCAAGUAUGGAAGUUGACUUCGACGGAUAUGUGCGAGUUAGCUAGAAACAGUGUCAUGAUGAGCGGUUUUCCUCGAGAAGUCAAAUGUCAUUGGCUCGGCCCUAAUUACCUGAACGAAGGCGUUUCUCGGAACGACAUAACCCGAACCAAUAUUCCCGAUAUACGAGAGGCCUACAGAUACGAAACUUUGAUAUCUGAAUACGAUGCCCUCCUACGUGGUUUUCACGCCCCACUAAACGAUGAAAAUUGAAUAGAAAGUUUUUUUUUUAUUCGAUCUUAAAAUUCGGAAUCGCGUAAUUAUCUAUUAUAGACUGUGAUUGAUCGAACAUCAUUCAUCCUUAUUUUUUUUCUCUCUCAAACUCGACGGACCCAUCUCGCGUUGAACCAAAAGAUCAAUUCGAUUGAAUCUUGAACAUUAAACCUUAAAAUCAUUCACAAAAAUUUAUAUCUCGCGUUCCAUUUUCCGUAUUUAUCUUUUUGUAUUAUUAUGUGUUUUAUUCUUUAAAAUGCCCAAUUUUUUUUUUUUAAAUAUAUAAAUAAGUACCAUUGGUAGUUAAUUUUAACCAAAAUAAUACCUUUCAUUUUUUUAAACGCUUUCUUUAUUUUUUAUCUUAAUUGAAGGCUUAUUUUUGCCUUUAAGGUAUUUCUUACGUUUUUUAAAGGGUAUUUGUUUUUUUAAAAGGUACUUUUACUUUUUAAUUUGAGGGUCUAUUUAAAAAAAAAACUUCUAAAAUAUAAAGGAUCCAAUUAUUAUUUGUAGAGCCCCCAUAAAUAGUGUUGUUAAAUUACCUUAACUUUGACCAUCUUAAUUGUGGCUUUGAUCAAGCUUUUAGCCUAUAUAAAAUUGAAUUAAGCGUCCAAGUAGAGAGUCUCAACUAGUGUUGUUUAACAACGGCUAACUCAAUAUUUUAGCCAGAAAAACAUUGCCUAAGCCUCGAGAUUUCGUUAGUAGAUGUCCAAACCUUUGUUCCUUUUACAAACAAAAUCUUCAGGCUCGCGUAAUAUUAUUCUAGAUUAAAUACUGAGUUAGCCGUUUUCGAAAAUCGGCUCGAAAAGGAGCCGCCGUUUAACAACAUUAGUCCAAAACCUGAAGAGAUUGAUUGGAAUAUUUUCGAUUAAAAACAUGGCUACGCCUUAACAAUACUACCCACAAACUUUAAAAAAAAAAUCUCUCACGUAAAAGACAGCUUGUCGAAAUGUUGCCACAUUUUUUUUUUAAAUAUAAUUUCGAAACGCCUUUUUUAUAAGCCAAAAUUUAAACCGUGACCUUUUAUAUAUUAAUAUCCCUAAUCGAUAUUUGUGAUGGACCAAUACCAAAACAACAUAAAUUUUAUUAUUUUUUUUAAAAAAAUAUUUUCGCGGCAAAAAAAGAUUGCCAUCUUGUUUAUAUACUUUUUUUUCCCACAUAAAUUUAUACACAUUUUAAUUAACACGUUUUUAAAAAUAUAUCACGUUAUUUAUAUUAAUAUUCUAAAUACUUAAAUUAUUAAUAAUCAUUUUUUUAAUUUCGAAAAUAUAUUUUUAUUAUAUAUUUUUAUUCAAUUUAAUUUUUUUUUUUUUUUAAAUAUAUAAAAUUAUCAAAAUUUCUCCAAAUCAAAUAACUGUAUUAAUUAAUUAUAUAUUUAUAAAACAGC